AUGGCCUCAGUCGAGCUUAUCGCGCCCAAUGGGCGCAAAUAUCUCCAGCCAACAGGAUUGUUCAUCAACAAUCAAUGGGUGCCGUCAUCAGAUGCAGGCAAGAUUGCCAGUGUCAACCCAACUAACGCCAAUGAAAUCGUCUCAGUCGAAGCGGCCACGAGCGAAGAUGUCGACAAGGCCGUGCAAGCAGCCCGAGCGGCCCUGAACCACGCCAGCUGGCGCGACUUGCCUGCUACGGACCGUGGAAAGCUCAUGAGCCGUCUGGCUGAGCUCAUGGAGCAACACCGAGAGACGUUGGCCACGAUCGAGACCUGGGAUAACGGAAAGCCGUACUCGACAUUGAGAUAUUAUGCUGGCUUUGCGGAUAAGGUGUUUGGCCAAGUGAUUGAGACAACCCCUGAAAAGUUUGCAUACACUAUUCGUGAACCGGUCGGAGUGUGUGGCCAGAUUAUACCAUGGAACUACCCCUUGGCAAUGGCGGCAUGGAAGCUUGGCCCAGCUUUGGCCUGCGGCAACACGGUAAUACUCAAGCCCGCAGAGCAGACCCCACUAUCCAUUCUCUAUUUCGCAAACCUUGUUGCGGAAGCCGGCUUCCCGCCCGGUGUUGUUAACAUCGUCAACGGCCUUGGAGCUGUUACGGGUGCAGCACUGGCCUCACAUCCAGACGUCGACAAGAUCGCCUUCACUGGGUCUACGAGCACGGCAAGACAUAUAAUGAAAAUGGCGAGCCACAACCUGAAGAACAUCACACUCGAAACAGGCGGGAAGAGCCCGCUGAUCGUGUUUGAUGAUGCCGAUCUGGACCUCGCGGCCUAUUGGGCUCACGCAGGUAUCAUGUCAAAUCAGGGCCAGAUCUGCACCGCGACCUCGAGAAUCCUAGUUCAGGAUGCCGUGUACGACCAGUUUCUGUCGAAAUUCCGAGAAAAUGUGAUGAAGAUCUCCAAGGUUGGCGACCCCUUCGACGAGAGCACAUUCCAAGGCCCCCAGGUCUCAAAGGCCCAGCUCGACAGGAUCCUCGCCUAUGCCAAGAUCGGGGAGGAAGAAGGAGCCACACUAGAGCUCGGUGGCCGGCCUUUCCUUUCGGAUGGCGAUGGCUACUUCGUUGAGCCCACCGUGUUCACCAGUGUCUCACCCAAGAUGAGAAUCUUCCAGGAGGAAGUGUUCGGCCCGUUUGUUGUCAUCUGUCGUUUUAAGACCGAAGAGGAAGCGGUAGCGUUGGCCAACGGCACUCAGUACGGCCUGGGGAGCGCCCUCUUCACUACAGACCUAACACGUGCACAUACGGUAGCCAAAAAGAUACAGGCUGGUAUGGUCUGGAUCAACUCCAGCAACGAUAGCGACUGGCGAAUUCCCUUCGGUGGAGUGAAACAGAGCGGCAUUGGCAGAGAAUUGGGUGAGGCCGGUCUCGCUGCUUACUCAAACAUUAAAGCUGUUCAUGUCAACCUUGCUAGGCCAUCAAAGCUGUAG